GCAAGGUGAACACAUUGGCCAGAAACAUGGAUGAAGACAGGCGCUUGCCCAAGAGGCCGUGGGAUUCCUGUAGAGAGGUCCCGGUCAUUGAAGAUGAACAGACGCCAUGGAAAAUGAUCAAACUGCUAAAGAUCGUCUCUCUCAGUGUAGUCGCUGUGAUUGUGUUUGGAUUGGCUCUAUGUAGCAAGACGUCUUUCCUCCUCCUCGUCACCUUGUCCAAUGAAGGCACCAAGACCCUCCCAGCUGAGCAGAAACCUGUCGCUCUGCUGUGUAUUGGCUGCUCCCUCAUCGCCUCCAGUGUGCUUCUCUUGCAAAAGAGCAUCUGGAAAGCGUGUUACAAAUCCUCAAAGCUGCCUGCCAAAAAGACUGUAGCAUUGGUUCUGUUCUUUGAGUUCAUGGUGGCUCUGGGUGCAGCGAUUCUCACAAUCGUGGCAAUGCCACACUUGGACAUCGUGACCAACGUGACGAUCCUGAACAGUGUCGCCGUCCUCUCUGCGCUCCUACAGGUGGUCACUCAGUGCACUGCCAAAGAAAGGAACCGUUUCCUGGUGCCAUCCAUCACUGCCUUCAUCCUCAUUUUGCUCGGUUACGUCCUGUUCCUCUUCUUAUACAUCACGAAAGAUCCCACUAAUUCCAAGAUGGCCAUUUGGGUGGGUCUAGCUGUUGGUGGGUCCUUCUUGGUGUCUUUCAACUGGUGGGAGAACUACUUGAGACUGAUCAGCGAGAACAGUAGCUCCGUCUUCCUCAAAGAGCUGUGCAGAGAUGUGACAAAGUGCCAGAAUUUGCUGCACAUCCUCUCCAGCCUGCUCAGGAUCGCGGUGACCGCCUGUGUGCUCGGAGCCUACGUCCCUCUGGCCAAAAUGGACUGGGACGUAGUGACCUCCAUCCAGAGGCGGGAGACAAGGAUUAUAGCCAUCACCAUUGGGGUCCAGCUGAUCUCCUCUGCACUCUGCCACUGGUUUGCUCUUGCGGCCUGCAAGAUGCACGCCCUUCGACGAUGCUUCAUCUUGCCUUUGUACCUGGCCUCUCUGGCUGUCAUGGUUCUGCUCAUCGUCCCCGUUAUCGUUUACUAUCAGGACUACAGAACAAGUCUGAACGGGACUGCAACCAUCAACUUCACAGGCUACUGCAAUGUAGUUGUAGAUGGAAGAAACCACAGCUUGAACGGCAGUGUGUUCCCACAUCUGGUUUUGGAUGUUACACACACUCUGUGCUUCCUGGACAUGUCCAAGAUAACUGACAUUGGCAUACUGACAGGUUCAGCAGUGUCCUGGUGGCUCGGUCUUGUGUUGGCCACUUUCCACCUCUGGCACAUCAGUCUGUAUCGCAUCCAGAGGACUCAGGACCUGUUCAUCAGGAGGCUGUAUGAGGGAGGAUUUUUAGAGCAGUCACUGCUUCUAAACACUCGAUUUGACAUCCAGACGACUGACAGGCCAAAGCAAUUAAAUCCACCAGACCCGGUGAAAGUGUUCCUUUGUGCGACCAUGUGGCAUGAAACCUACGACGAGAUGAUGAAGAUAAUUAUUUCAAUAUUUCGACUGGACAAGUACAGGCCAAGGAAGGAAGAACAAGAAACAAGUGAUGUAACAUUCGAGGGCCACAUCUACUUUGACGAUGCCUUCAGAGAUGUUCCUGGUAGUCGGGAGCGCCAAGUCAACGAAUAUGCAGAGAUGCUUGUGGACAUUCUCAGAGAAGUUUACAGUAUCUUCUUAAACAUGGAUAGAGGCCUCUUCAAAAAGCAGCAUCAGGUCCCUGAUCAGAAGAUCGUGAGGACGCCGUAUGGAGGGCGUGUGGUGGUCACCAUGCCUCAUGGAAACAGUCUGGUGGUUCACUUCAAGGACAAGAAACUCAUCCGCCACAAGAAGAGAUGGUCUCAGAUCAUGUACUUGUACUAUCUCCUGGGCUGGAAAGUUGCGACCAAGUAUUUCAGAAGGUGGGGGAAAGGAAAGGAUGAGGCUGAGCUGAAAAGAGAGUUUCAGAAAGAGAAGCACAACACCUACCUCCUGGCUUUAGAUGGGGACACAGACUUCCAGCCGGCUGCCGUGAUGUUGCUCAUCGACCGUCUGAAAAUGUAUCCGCUUGUCGGGGCAGCAUGUGGCAGGAUUCACCCCACUGGAUCAGGUCCCAUGGUGUGGUACCAGAAGUUUGAAUACGCAGUGGGCCACUGGCUUCACAAGACUGCAGAGCAUGUGUUCGGCUGCGUGCUGUGCAGCCCGGGCUGCUUCAGUCUGUUCAGAGCAGCGGCGCUGAUGGAUGACAAUGUGAUGAAAAAAUACACCAUCAAGGCCUCGAAGGCUCGACACCAUAUCCAGUAUGACCAAGGUGAGGACCGCUGGCUGUGUACUCUGCUGCUGAAGCAGGGCUGGAGAGUGGAGUACAACGCAGCAUCUGACGCCUACACCAAUGCCCCGGAGGAGUUUAAAGAGUUUUACAACCAGCGUCGCCGAUGGGGACCGUCCACCAUGGCCAACAUUGUGGACUUGCUGGGCUCUAGCACCAUGAUUUCCAAGAGGAACCUGUCCAUGUCCAAACCCUACAUGUUCUACCAGCUCUUCAGCUUGGCCUCAUCCAUACUGGCACCUUCCACUGUCGUCCUUAUGAUUGCAGGCAGUUUGACUGUGUUGGGUGACAUCCACCCCAACGCUGCUUUGGUCCUGGCUGCGAUACCUCCUGCUAUCUUCCUCGGAAUCAGCUUCAAGAUCAAGUCAGACACUCAGAUUCGUAUUGCAGCAGGCAUGAGCAUCAUGUACGCCUUCACCAUGAUGAUAUCAGCACUUGUCAUAAUAGGCAACAUGGUGAAGGACAAAACCAUCUUGACUCCCGGCAGCAUCUUCAUCAUCGGCAUUGCUUGCUUUUACUUCUUUACUGCACUCAUGCAUCCUCAGGAGGUUGGCCUGGUGUGCUUCGGCUUGCUUUACAUCCUCUGCAUUCCAAGCGCCUAUCUGCUGCUGGCUAUUUACUCCAUGGUCAACAUGAACAACGUGUCCUGGGGAACCAGAGAGACAGCGCCUGCUGCCGGAGCUGCCAAACCUGCAGCCACCCUCCAACAAACCAAAGCCCAGAAAGCCAAAAGCGCAUUUGCACAGUUCUUCAGGCAGGCCAAAUGCUGCGGAAAACCCUGUUGGAGAGGCAGGGCAGAAGAGCUCAUUGUCAGCCAGGAGAACCUGACCGUGGAGGCAACAGAGCCUGAACCUCAACCCCAAAACACUAUUGUGGAGGAAGUGAGAAAGCCUGAGGAGGAGCAGAGGCAAGAGGAGCCUGCUUUCACCUGCCCUAACCAGUGCUGGGUCACACAACUGCAGAGUUUGUCUGAUGACAUGCGGCUGCAGGAGGACACACUCGACCAGGACGAGGAGCAGUUCUUCAGAGACCUGACAGCCAGAUACCUGGAGCCUCUGCCUGAGGACAAAAAGAAGCAGAAAAAAAUGGCUGAUGAACUCAAGGAGUUGAGAAACAAAAUUAGCUUCGUCUACUUCAUUUUCAAUGCCCUCUGGCUCGUAGCGACCUUCACUCUCCAGCUCUUAGAGUCGACCGUCUUCAUCCAGGUGCCAAAGGUCGACAGUAACCUGCAGUACACUGGACAGUACAUAUACAUCGACCCUCUGGGCUUCAUGUUCAUCCUAUCCUUCGCCUUGCUGGUUCUCAUCCAGUUCUUAGCCAUGCUUUACCACAGAAUAUGCACCCUGAUCCAUUAUGUGGCCUUUCUGGAUACAGAGUCCAAGUCUGAAAAGCAAGAACAGCAACAGGUCACGGAUGAUGAAGUCGAUGACAGCGACGAUUUGUUUCCAAAUCUGCUCAACAGAAGCUACGGCCAUGGGACUCCGGUGUAAACAAAGAUGAACCGAAACCAACACUUGUUUUUAGCACUUUGAGACAACCAUGUACUGUAUGUGAGAUUUAAAACAAUCAAACUUUAUCUUAUUUAAAUUCUUGCGGUCGAGUUUAUGAUAUUUCUAAAACCGUUUUAAUGACCCAGGUUGUCACAAAGUGCUUCUUAAAAAGAAACUGAAGACACAAUUGUAGAGCUGUAAAACUAGCACAAUGCAACUUCAGAAAACUGUUCAUGUAUUUGUUUGCGUGCUUGAAUUGUGUGUGUGUGUGUGUGUGUGUGUGUGUGUGUGUGUGUGUGUGUGUGUGUGUGUGUGUGUGUGUGUGUGUGUGUGUGUGUGUGUGUGUGUGUAAAUGAAAUCACCAGGUAGCACCAAGGCAGUAAAUCACAUACUGUUAAUGACUGACAGCUAAGGCACAUUUUUUUCAGUUUUUAAUUAAAAGAACAUCCGGAAAAUGAUUUGGUAUUUGAUUUGAAUAGAAAAUGCAUUAAAUUACAUUAAAUUUGGAUGAAUAGCAAGAGGAACCUGUUUAAUAUUAAAUUCUGAGAACAGUGGCCACGUACAGAGGGAAAACAAACAAGUAUGAAAAUAUAAAAUCAAAAACUGAGACUGAAAAACAAUGAGCCUUACUGGUAACACAGUGUGUCACUUUAUCUGAAGGUUCUGAACUUGUUUUUUACUUUAAAUGUCAGGUUUCUUUUACUGUUAUACUUCUGCAGUGACAUUUCACUGUCAAUGUAGCCCAAUAUGAAGAAACUACAUGUCUGUGAAGGUCAGUAUGAACAAUGUGAAAUGUUCACUUUAAUCCUGAUUUUGUAAUUAAUUGUUAUUGUGAAUGUGAUAUAUGGGUGCCUCAAAAAAAUCCAAUAGUUUGUAAAGAAGGAAAGUUGCACUGGUCUGUAAGAGAUGUUUUAAUGCAGGAGAACCAUUAGACAUUAGAAUUACAGAGAUGAAACCGUAUUUUUCUACGCUGUAUGUCAAAUAUCAGUGUUUUUAUAUGUCAUAAAGUACGUCUGGAGGGGACUUUUGAGCAAAAAUGCUAAAUUUUGACUAGUAAAAACUUCUCAGUUGUGAGGAUUUGCUACUUUUCCCAGUUUUAUAUAAUUGUAAAUUGAAUGUCUUUGGAUUUUGUAUAGAUUAAAUAAUUCAGAAUUUGCAUUAAAAGAUGAAUUGAAAAUUGA